AGGUGCUGGGCUAAGUGGGGAUUCCCAGCUUGGGUAUACAAAAAUGUUCUUGGCAAGGCUUCAGAAGUCUGAAAAUAAGAUCCAAUGCCAGAGGGGUGGCUGACCGUAGAAGGUAGCUGCUUUGCUUUUGUUCCUGGCCCUGUGGUCACUGACCCUAGGCAGAUAGCCAGAGACCAGCCAGUGACCCAAAGCGGCUGGCUCUUGCCUGCUUCCAGCUAACAGUGCCCACCCUCUGCUAAUUGUGGGGGCCCUUGUGAAACACCCAGUAUCGGGUGUGGCAGGAGCACAGGAUGCUGCAACCAAGCCACAGGAUGGUUACUCCAUCUGUGAAGGAGGUGGACGGGGAGGACUGGAGGGGCCUGGGCUCAGCUCCUCCCAGCUGGAUUGCCUGCUACCUGGAAGAGUGCCCGCUCCUUGUGCCCCCGGGUUAUGACGACCCCCAAUAAAGGCAACAAGGCCUUAAAGGUGAAGCGGGAACCGGGUGAGAAUGGCACCAGCUUGACCGACGAGGAGCUGGUGACCAUGUCCGUGCGAGAGCUGAACCAGCACCUGCGAGGCCUGUCCAAGGAAGAGAUCAUCCAGCUGAAGCAGCGCCGCCGCACACUCAAGAACCGGGGCUACGCGGCCAGCUGUAGGGUUAAGCGGGUGACGCAGAAGGAGGAGCUGGAAAAGCAGAAGGCGGAGCUACAGCAGGAGGUGGAGAAGCUGGCCUCCGAGAACGCCAGCAUGAAGCUGGAGCUCGAUGCGCUGCGCUCCAAGUAUGAGGCCCUGCAGAACUUCGCCAGGACCGUGGCCCGCAGCCCCGUGGCCCCAGCUCGGGGCCCCCUUGCUGCUGGCCUGGGGCCCUUGGUCCCUGGCAAGGUGGCUGCCACCAGCGUCAUCACAAUAGUAAAGUCCAAGACAGAUGCUCGGUCAUAGGGACACGUGCACUUGCCAGACAGGUCUCUAAGGGGCCACUAAGGGCGUGGCAAAGUUGGCAGCCCUGUCCCUCUUCCUUCCCUUUCCUUUUCCCUUUUCUUCUCCUCUCCCUUCCCCGUUUCCUUCCCUGCAAAGCACAACCUGCACCCAGGGGCGUUGGGCUGAGCCCCUGUCACCCUUGUCGUCACGCGCGUGUUUUGUACGUUGGGAUUGGUCAGUUCAGCAGUGAUGUUGGGUUGCCCCUAACCCCUUUGUACCAAGGCCAUGCAGGCUAGGAGUCCGGAGUGGGCACUGUGGGGCGGACACGAGUGGGAGUGGGCAAGUGCACCGGGCUUAGGUCUGCCCUUUCUGGUGGUCUGCAGGCCCCCAGGCCGCCAGUCUGCAGGGGGACGUAGGCGCUUUCUCUUCAGAUUCCAGUGGGCCUCUCAGCUUGAUCCAGAAGGAAGAGAUGGGCUCUGCCCUGAAAAGGUUAUGUCUUGAAGGCUCUGCAUGGGUAGACCACCAGCCUGGGCACUGGGGCAGGGACCACGGUGCUGGAGCCUGGCACAGUGCACUGGAUAAGACCAAAUCGCUGGUUGUAAGUGUGGGUGGAAGGUGUGUCAGUGUGUCCUGCGGUGGGUCACCGGUGUCCGGUGUCUGUUUACAUGACCUGUUUGUGUGGUUAUAUAGCCCUUUAUUUAAAAGAGAAGUUCCUUUUACGAAGUUAUUAAAUUAUAUGUUUAAGAGCUAAAAAGAAAAAAAAAGCUGCAGAGUAUUUAUAAAAUUGUCUUUAAAAAAGAAAAAAAAAAAAAACAACAUUUGACCAUAUAAAUGGAAAAGGGAAGAAAGUAUAGUAUAAACUUUGCUAGGUUAAAAAGAAAAAAAAAACAACCCUUUCUUGUAAACUUGGGGACAGCUCUGUGGCUGUUGGAGUUUAGUUUUUAUACGCAGAGUUAUCAGACAUUACUUAUAAAACUUAGUUUAAAAAAAGGAAAAAAAAAAAAAAAAAAAAAAAGGCCAAGCUGCGAGCCGGCCGGAGGCCGCCCCUUUGAUAUCUCUUGCAAUUGUACCGAAAGUGACUUACUCCUUUGCCCUUCCCGCUUCCGUCUUGCCGGUGCCGUGCUGUUGUCCGUGCCUGGUGAGGUUUUGUGCAGCCGUAAAGUGCUGGUGCUUCUGGUGACCUUUGACCUGUGGCUGUCCCUGUGUAUGGAUUUUGUGUGUGUGUGUGUGUUUUGAAUUUUGUUGUGGUUUUGCUUCUGCUGGCUUGCUGGACCUGGGUUGGGCUGGGGUCCCAGGCAGAACUCAAAUUCUUCUGCACUUGUCCUCUGCCACUUGGUCCCUCCGAGCCUUGGCUUCGCAUGUGGGUCUAGGGCAGAGUACGUGAGAUUGGGAGCUGUCUUGACCCCCGUGCUGCUCCCACAUCCACCACCUGUGACCCUGGGUGGUGGCAUUGCAGGGACCAAGGAGUCACUGUGGUGCCCACAGGGCUGUGUCUUACCUGUCCCUGGCUGUCUUCCUCUUGGCCUCAGCUUUGUUCCUGUAGGCUUCCUUUGGGGCCUCGGCAAGGCCACCCCAUAGGCCUACCUUGUGGGCUGGAAAUCUUUAUCGCCCACCUAUCCCUAAAAUCCCAUUCUGUGGGCUAUUGUUUCCCAGGCAGAUUGGUCAGGGGCCCCCUUGGGGCAACCUGUUCUUCCCGGCCUCACUGUGAGGGCCUGGAGGCCUCCACCGUUGCCAGACAAGGGCUUUGGCUUCAGGGCCAGGUCUGUCUCUUCCGCACUGUCUGCAGCUCUUGGCUCUGGGCCUUCCUUACGCCUCCCUUCAGGAUCUGUGUCUUCCAGGGAUCCGCUGUCCGACUUGGAGGUGCUUCUCGGCAGGGUCUACACCUGCCUCCUCACCCCAGCUAUGCAGUGGAGGCUGCCCACCUUCCAGGCUUGGCUUGGGAAGCUCCUCGUAGGCGGGUGCCCACCUGUAAGAGACUGUUUUCCUGUGUAGUCACGUGGCCCUUGGCCUCUUGCUGGUACUGCCUGUGUCUUCUCUGGGGGCCCUGGGUCCCUGAAAAGCACAUACACGUGAGCUGCUGAGAGACUGGCCUGAUGGGCCUUUACCUCGUGGGCAGCAGGGUUUUCAGUCAGUUUGGCCCAGCACGCCGUGCUCUGGGAGCAGGACCUCUGCAGGCCCUGGCAUUUGGGUGGGCUUCUUUGGCUCAAGGUGCUCAGACACUCCCGUUGAUGCCUGAGUCAGAUGUGAGUGGAAGUCUGGACUGUUGAUUAUAAGUUACCAGGUGACCUCAUCCCCCUCCCCCCCUUUGGUUCUCACACUGGUACCCAGGUGAGUUGCUGAUUCUGACAGGCAGCAAGCAGAGCUGGAAUGCAUUCUGCCCAUGCCUAGCUGAGGAGGAGAGGGACAGGGUUUCCACGUUCCUUGGUCCUGGCUGAGUGGUCGUGUGUAACUAACCGAUCAUGGCCUUCUAUGUGCAUAGCUCGAGCCUGCAGGAGGAUGAGAAAGAGGAGAUUGAACAGCUCUUGGCUUCUGAACUGGAUAGGGCCAUGCUCAUAGUGUUCAGAUUUGCAGCACCUGCUUGAGUCUGGGGAGCGUUCCCUAUUGAGCCAGCCCCGCAGUGCAUGCCACCCCUUGUCCCUUCUCUUUCGUGACAGUAAACCCUGUGUCCCAAGUGUGACUGUUGGCUGUCUUUCUGAUCAUCGUUUGUUCUGUUUUCCUACUGUGAGGGCGUUGUAUUUGAGACUUUCUGACACAGCGAGUGGAGAGCUUUGGCUGAGGCCAGGUCUCCCAAACUACUCCGCUAAGUAAACCAUUUUUGUGCAGCUUCCCCUCCUACCCUGACUUUGCCUGACCUCCUUCCUCGGACAUGGAAACUCGGCUUUCACAGAGAAACCACGUGAGAUGGAAUGCUUCUCUCUGGAGAUUAUGACCAAGUUGUUCUGGGCUCACUGUCAUCACCAGGCUUCCCCGAAGGCUGUUCUCAGUCCAGCUUUCAGGUCUGUGUGUGUUAGCAGCAGGUUUGGUGUUCAGUGCCAGGGUGUGCAGGUUUGAUAAGCUACAGCCCACUUGGAGAUGGCGAGGCCACUUCCCUGCUACCUCCCUCUCUGGUGUGGCCACUUGGCCAAAGCUCCCAUCCACAGCUGGGAUGCCUGGGCCAGAGCCCUGCUGCACUGUUUCCGCUCUGGGAUCUUCUGAGUUACUUUUUUAGGCUGUGGUUUGGUGAAAGGAACCAACACAUUAACGAUUUCUUUUUCCCCAAAAGCCACAAUAAUUCUUCUUGGCAUGUUUUCAUGUCCCCGUUGGCUGCCUGGUUUGGGAGCAGUUGUGGAAAAGAGGACAGUACCACACAGAGGCAUGGGAUUUUGAGAGCUGCUUGUGGCCUGCCCGGUUCUGGCAUGUUCCCUGGCUGUGUGCUGUACCUGAUGGGCUAGCUGCACACGUUUCUACCCUUUUCCCUGGAGCAGCAUGGGUGUCUCUGGAAGUUCGAAGUGGAGUGUUCUAGGAAGUGUCCCCGACAGAAUUCCCUGUUCUCUGACCCCGGUUGGGCUCUCAGCCCCUCUAGCAACUUCAUACCCCAGUCCUAUCUUCCCUCCCAUCCUCUCUGUCUGCUAGUCCUUGAAGCCUUUAACCAAAUGGGAGUGGGUACAGAAACCCUUCUCCUGGCAACUUAGGGCGACAGGACAAGGGCUAUUGUGUGUCCAGCUCUGUUGGUCUCCUGGUGCUGAGAGGUGUGUCCAAGCAGAGUUGAUCAGCCCCUGCCUGCCCUGCAGGGCUGAAGCCAGGGGGAGGUUAGUAGAGAGUACCCUAAAUGGGGUGGGGGGGUCCUUAAAGAUCUAAGUGAGGAGGGGCUGGGGUGUGGCUGCAAGGUGAGACCCAGUCUCCUGCACCUGGGCAAGGCCAUCAGGGAUCUGGCUGCGAGGUGAGGCCUGGACGUUCGCACCAGUGCAGAGCGACCAGCAGCCUGGCCUCAGCAGACAGCAGCCUUGGUGCCCACCCGUGCCCUGCGCAGUAUUUAUUGCUAAAUUAUUGUCCAGGAGGGGCGGCGCUGGGCCUGGCCCCCCGGGUAUUUAUUGCUGUACAUAGUGUAUGUUUGUGAUAUAUAAGGUUUUCUUUAUUUUGUAUAUGAUCAAUAAACACCUUUUAAAAGAGA